UAUGCAAUAAAUCAAAAAUAUUUAUCAACUACCAACUUCUAUCGAUUAGAAUUCUCGUUACUUUUUGAGACCUAAACGUUCCGCCUUACCUUCUAUGUUAGAGCCUUAUCAAGAUAUCAAAUUAAACUACCAAUUACCUAAAUUGACUCAUCAAUAUAGUUAAUCAUCUUCAGAAGAAUCAACUUAUAAAAAAUAAUCUGCCUCCAAUCUAUAAAAGCUUUCAUCUCAUCGCUAUUUAAGUAGAUUUGUCAGAUCAACCACUAUUUAAGAACCUAUCUUAAAAAAAAAUUAAGAGAUUAUCUCUUCUUGUGAUUUAAAAAUCAAAGAACAUAAAAAAUAAUUAGCUAAAGUCUAAAUCAAAUUAUAAACUAAUUAAGCGUACUCUAAUUAUUUGCAUUAAGAAUUAUCAAAUAUUUCUAAUUUGAACAAUAACCAAAAACAUGAAAAUAGCAUCAAUUUUUAUAAUUAUUAAGAACCAAAAGUUCAGCUUUCAAACUAAUCCUAAAUGCUUCAUUUUAGAUUAAAAUUUAAGAGAUUCAGAACCAAUUAAUCUCCAUUAGAUUAAUGA